AUGUCUCCUCCUCCCGUUCCUCGCGCUUCCCCUGCCCCCCCUUCCCCGGCUGCCCCUUCUCAUGCCCCCUCCUCCCUCUCCCCUUCUUCCUCUCGGCUCUAUCCCCUGCGCCUGCCUCCCGACGCCCCGCGCCCUCCCCUCCCCCUUUUGGCCCCUGCUGCCGCCUCCGUCCUCCCCCUCCCCCGCUGCUCUUGCAGCCCCCUUCUUCCCCCCCCUCCCAGGUUUCCUGCCCCCCCCCCACUUUGUGUGCUUCCCGUCUUCCAGCGCUGCCCCCGCCUUCUCGCCCCCCGUUCGGGGCUGCCUGGCGCCGGCCCGGUCCCCCGCCCUUCGCUCGUCCGCGCGCUCCUUUUGCCCGUUUUCUCCGGCCCCCCGUCGGCCGUUAUUGGACAAUGCUAUUGGUUAGCUCCACCACAGAAGGCGUGCGAAAGUUCAUGUGACAACAGCACAGCACCUAAAUCCAAUCAGACGUGA